UUUGCACAUACGCUGCACAAAUUCCAUUUUAUGACGUCACCAAUUUUGGGGUGCGACCCCAAAUGUACAAAUGCUGAAUUUUCGGGCUUGUUCAGAUUCUGAAUGUCUCUUCUGCGGCCCACGUUCCUCGCUCUAUCCUCCAUCUAUAAGAGACCUAGAAUUUUUCCCUUGCUAGAGUUAAAAAAAAUAGCAGAUUAUUUGGGACCUUGAUUUCAAUCCGCCCACUCUCACUCAAAAACUGCUGAGAGAGAGAGGGAGGGAGAGGGAGAGGGAGAGAGAGAUGGACUCUACAGGGAGAGAUGGCAUCAUAGCCAGUGACGAAAGCGACCAGCACCAAGAACCGCUGUUGCAACCCAAGCAGCAGCCCGCGGUGGAGACGGUUAGCUCGGCCCUGGAGGACAUGCUAUCCGACACCGAGCUGCCCCGCUUCAGGCGCCUCUGGCGGGCCACGCGGAUCGAGCUCAAGACUCUCUUCCGCCUCGCCGCGCCCGCCGUUGUCGUCUACCUUCUCAACAACGUCACCUCCAUGUCCACCCAGAUCUUAUGCGGCCACCUUGGCAACCUCGAGCUCGCCGCUGCCUCCCUCGGCAACAAUGGCAUCCAAAUCUUCGCCUACGGCCUCAUGCUCGGGAUGGGGAGCGCGGUGGAGACGCUAUGCGGGCAAGCCUACGGCGCCCACAAGUACGAGAUGCUCGGCGUCUACCUCCAGCGAUCGACGAUCCUCCUGAUGGCGACCGCGAUCCCAGUCAUGUUCAUCUACAUAUUCUCCAAGCAACUCCUCCUCCUCCUUGGCGAGUCCACCUCCAUCGCAUCCGCGGCGGCGGUCUUCGUCUAUGGCCUCAUCCCCCAGAUCUUCGCCUACGCCGCCAACUUCCCGAUCCAGAAGUUCCUGCAGGCGCAGAGCAUCAUUUUCCCGAGCGCCUACAUAUCCGCCGCGACCUUCGCCAUGCACCUCCUUCUUAGCUGGAUCGUGAUCUACAAGCUCGGGGUCGGCCUCCUCGGGGCCUCCCUCAUGCUGAGCUUCUCGUGGUGGGUCAUCGUGGUGGCGCAGUUCGUGUACAUACUGGUGAGCGACCGGUGCAAGCUCACCUGGAGGGGUUUCAGCUCGCAGGCCUUCACGGGGUUGUGGGACUUCUUGAAGCUCUCAACGGCGUCGGCGGUGAUGCUGUGCCUGGAGACCUGGUAUUAUCAGAUCUUGGUGCUGAUCGCUGGCCUGCUCCAGGACGCUGAGAUUGCCCUGGACGCUCUCUCCAUCUGCAUGACGAUCUCCGGAUGGGUCUACAUGAUCUCUGUGGGAUUCAAUGCAGCUGCAAGCGUGAGGGUAAGCAACGAGCUGGGAGCCGGGCACCCGAGAGCAGCGUCGUUCGCGGUGAUCGUGGUGACGUCCAGCUCCUUCCUCAUCGCGGUCUUCCUGGCGAUCGUGGUGCUGGCGCUGCGCAAUGUCAUCAGCUACGUCUUCACGAGCGGCACCACCGUCUCCGACGCCGUCUCCGAGCUCUCCCCCUACCUCGCCGUCUCCAUCAUCCUCAAUGGCAUUCAGCCCGUUCUCUCAGGAGUGGCUGUCGGGUGUGGAUGGCAAGCUUUUGUCGCGUAUGUGAACGUGGGAUGCUAUUACAUUAUCGGCAUUCCAAUCGGCGUGCUCUUGGGCUUCAAAUUUGAUUUCGGAGCUAAGGGAAUUUGGUCUGGCAUGAUUGGAGGCACUCUAAUCCAGACCAUGAUUCUAAUCUGGUUCACGUCUCGGACAAACUGGGACAAAGAGGUUGAAAAAGCAAGAAAUCGUUUGGACACAUGGGAAGACAAUAAAGAGCCUCUCUCAAACGAAUGAUGUGGAUCUUCGCAUUGGUCAGCCGAUUACAUGUUGAACUGAUUUGCACUUGAACCCCAAAAUAAGAGCCAACAUGACAAUUUUCCAGCAACAAUAAAGGGGAGGAAAAAAAUCAGAAAAAUUACAAUUAGCAGAAGAUAUGAGUAUCUUCUUUAGCUGAAGCAGCCAUUCUUGGUCCUCUUGUUUCUUUUUUCUUUUGUUCUGUCUUUUCAUAAAGCACGGUUUAUUUUCAUUGUUAUUUGGAGGCCUUAGUUCAUUUGACUUAUUUGUACUCGCCCAUCAUUAGUCGACCGAAAGAUUUUCCCUUCA